CUGUCCUCUAUUUCCUGCUGCAAGUCAGCUUCCUGGUCGACGAAGGUGUUUCGCCCGUCCUCCUGCAGCUGCUCUCCUGCGCCCUCUGUGGCAGCAAGGUCCUCUCUGGGUCGGCUUCGGCCGGCUCCUCAGGCACAACGGUCCCCGGAGGGUCCAGCUCAGGCCAGCCGUCCGGCCAGAGCAAAUCCUCCACCAAGAAGAGCAAGAAGGAAGACAAGGAGAAGGAGCGAGAGGGGGACGGCUCCUCGGGCAGCCAGGAAGACCAGCUCUGCACCGCCCUGGUGAACCAGCUGAACAAAUUCGCCGACAAGGAGACGCUGAUUCAGUUCCUGCGCUGCUUCCUGCUGGAGUCCAACUCGUCGUCCGUGCGUUGGCAGGCCCACUGCCUGACUCUGCACAUCUACCG